AUGAAGGACGGCAAGUUCGAUCACGAUGUCACCGCGGCGUCUUCAAAGACGAAGGUGUUCGACCUCUUCUCUCUGAAGGGGCGGACCGCCAUCGUCUCGGGUGCGGGUUGCUGCAAUGCCAAGGCGAUAGAGCGCGCGAAGGAAAUCGAAGCCGAAUACGGCGUGAAAUGCCGCGCAUUCCAAGUGGACGUAACGUCAGCCGAGGCGGUCGAGGCGGCCGUCAACUCCCAGAUCAAGGAGUUCAACAACCGCCUCGACGUCUUCGUGGCCAACGCGGGCAUCCCCUGGACCCAGGGCCCCGCCAUCGACGGGGAGCUCGAGCACUACCGCAAGGUCGUGGCCAACGACCUCGACAGCGUCUUCUACUGCGCGCGCACGUGCGGCAGGAUAUGGAGGCGGCAGAGGGAGACGGGCCUCGACCUCGCGGGCAACAAGCUCGAGGGCUACGGCGGCGAGCUUUGCAAGUCGUUCGCCGUUGAGUGGGUGGGUUUCGCUCGUGCUAAUGCGGUCUCGCCGGGAUACAUCGCCACGGAGAUUUCAACGUUCGUCUCCGAAGACACCAAGAAGAUUUGGAAAGACAAGAUUCCCAUGGGGCGUGAGGGCGAAGUCCACGAGCUUAAGGGGGCCUACUUGUUCCUUGCCUCAGAUGCGGCUUCUUACACCACCGGAACAGACAUCAUAGUGGACGGAGGCUACUGCUUGCCGUAA